AUGAGCAAUCCCGCCAAGACCGAAACGCGGCAAGAAGACGUGCUCAGUGCCGAGCCCUCGUCCAAAUCCGCACAGAAAAAAGCAGCUAAGCUUGCGGAGAAGCAGGCGAAAAGCUCGGCAAAGAAUGCGUUGAAAUCAGAAAAAAGCGCUCCUCCCCCAAGCACCGCCAAGAAGGAAAAGGUCAAGAAAGCCGUCAAGGAGGAGCCUGCAUGGCACGACCCGACCGCCCCUGGCGACAUGAAAGACCUCUCUGCACCUAUGGAGUCUGGAUACAACCCGAUGCAUGUCGAGUCGUCCUGGUACGCAUGGUGGGAAAAGAUGGGUUUUUUCCAGCCGCAGCCCGUCACGGAAGAGCACCCUUACGAUCCAAGCAACACGUUUGUCGUACCGAUCCCUCCUCCGAACGUAACAGGCGUGCUGCACAUUGGUCACGCCCUCACAAUUUCGAUCCAAGACUCGCUUGUGCGCUUCUACCGCAUGCGUGGCUUCCGGACGCUCUAUGUCCCUGGCUACGACCAUGCGGGCAUCUCGACCCAAAGUGUCGUCGAGAAACGCCUUGCAAAGUUAGAAGGGAAAACGCGCUACGACUACGGUCGGGAGAACUUCCUUGAAAAGGUCUUUUUGUGGAAGGACGAGUACCAAGGGCGGAUCGCGAACCAGAUGCGCCGUCUCGGCGCGAGCCUCGACUUUUCUCGGCAGGUCUUUACCAUGGACGAUGUGCGCUCGCGUGCAGUCACGGAAAACUUUUGCAAGAUGUUUGAGGACGGCAUCCUCUACCGCGAGAACCGUUUGGUGAAUUGGUGCACUGCGCUGAAUACCACCCUCUCUAACCUUGAAGUCGAGCAGAAGCAGAUCAACGGGCGCACACUCAUGCAUGUGCCUGGCUACCCAGCCAACGAGCGCGUCGAGUUUGGCGUGAUAACCUCGUUUGCCUACCCCAUCGUCGGCAGCGACGAGCGAAUCAUUGUCGCGACCACACGUCCAGAAACGAUUUUGGGCGACACGGCUGUCGCCGUCCACCCCGACGACGAGCGCUACAAAAAGUACCAUGGCAAGAUGCUCCAGCAUCCCUUUUUGCGCGACCGCGAGAUCCCCGUCGUGGCCGACAGCAUUGCCGUUGACAUGGCGUUUGGCACCGGCGCAGUCAAAAUUACUCCCGCGCACGAUCCCAACGAUUACGAAGUCGGCAAGCGCCACGCGCUCCCCUUUAUCAACAUUCUCAACGACGACGGCACGCUGAACGCCAAUGCAGGCGAGUUCGCCGGGAUGAAGCGCUUCAGUGCGCGCCGCGCCGUGGUCCAAGCGCUAAAAGACCGCGGCUAUUACGUCGAGACCAACGACAACCCCAUGGUCAUUCCCCUCUGCUCUCGCUCUGGCGAUGUGAUUGAGCCGGUAAUGAAGCCGCAGUGGUGGGUGCGCUGUGCGCCGCUCGCCAACGCGGCCGUGGCCAAAGUCCAAGCGGAGGAUAUGAAGAUCGAGCCGCCCCAGAGCAAGCGCGAGUUUUUCCGGUGGAUGGAGAAUAUCCAAGAUUGGUGUGUAAGCCGGCAGCUCUGGUGGGGCCACCGAUGCCCCGCAUACUUUGUGAACAUGGACGGCGUCGAGCAGGAUGUUGGCGAAAGCAAAUGGUGGGUUGUGGGCCGCACACAGGACGAAGCCCAAAACCGCGCCACGGCCCUGGCACAAGGCCGUGCGUUCAAAUUGGAGCAGGACGAGGAUGUGCUUGAUACGUGGUUCUCUUCCGCCCUCUGGCCCUUUAGCAUUUUUGGCUGGCCGGAAAAAACGCAAGACUUGCGCGAUUUUUACCCCACCUCGCUGCUCGAGACUGGCUGGGAUAUACUCUUUUUCUGGGUCGCACGCAUGAUCAUGCUCGGUGUUUACCACACGGGCGAGCUUCCUUUCAAGGAGGUGUUUUGUCACGCCAUGGUCCGCGACGCGCACGGCCGCAAGAUGAGCAAGAGUCUGGGCAAUGUCAUCGACCCGAUCGACGUGAUCGAGGGCAUCUCGCUGCAAGGCCUCCAAGGGCGUUUGCGCGAGGGCAACUUGGACGAAAAAGAAAUGCAGAAAGCGGAGCAGGGCCAGAAGAAAGAUUAUCCCAAAGGCAUUCCCCAGUGCGGCACAGAUGCACUGCGGUUCACUCUUUGUGCCUACACGGCCGCUGGCCGCGAUAUCAACCUGGACAUUAUGCGUGUCGAAGGCUACCGCAAGUUUUGCAACAAGCUCUGGAAUGCGACGCGAUUCGCACUGCUCAAGCUGCAGAAUGAAUUCGCACCGCUUCCUUUGGUGGAAGAAGAUGCAUUUGUUCCGCAAAGUCUUGUGGAAAAGUGGAUUCUGUACCGUUUGAACAACACGGCGAAGCAAGUCACGGAGGAUAUGGAGUGCCGUUCGUUUAUGGGCGCGACAAACGCCGUAUACAACUACUGGCUGUAUGAUUUGUGCGAUGUGUACAUCGAAGCGAUCAAGCCCAUCACCGAACCAGAUGCAGAUCCAGCCGCGCGCCUCUCGGCGCAGCGGACGUUGUAUGCGUGCCUGGACGGCGGCCUGCGCCUCUUGCAUCCAUUCAUGCCCUUUGUCACCGAGGAGCUCUGGCACCGUUUGCCCACAAGGCCCGACGAAAAAGCCCAGAGCAUUUCUCUCGCGCGCUUUCCCAUCUGGACCGCUGCGCACGAUUUCCAACGCGCGGCAAGUGAGUUUGACGAGGUCUUUGCCGUGGUCCGUGCGGCGCGUGGUCUUGCUGCCGAUUACGGGCUUACCUCCAAGGUCCAAGUGUUUAUCGAGGCGAGUACUGAAGCUACGCGCGCCAUGCUUGACACGCAAAAGAGUAUCGUGCACACGCUCACGAAAGGGUGCGAGUCGGUUGUCGUGGUCGAUAGUGUUGGCCAUGUACCGGCGGGAUGUGUUGUUGCGUCUGUCUCUGCGACGAUCCAAGUGCAUGUUCUUGUACGGGGUCUCGUGGAAGUGGACGUGGAGCUGAGCAAGCUCGCCAAGAAGCUCAACCUCACUGAUACACAGCUGCAGCGGACCAAGGCACUCACAGAAAAACCUGAUUGGUCCAAGACACCCGAGGAUGUGCGUACGAGCACGCAACAGCGGCUGGACGACUUGCAAGCCGAGCGCAGCGCGCUGCUCCAAGCGCAGGACAAAUUUGCGUCGCUGCGCGCAACCUAA